ACACAAAUAAAAAUAUUUAAGGUCAAAAUUGAAGAAAAAAGACUUCAAAAAUCAAAAUUGGACAAUUAAUUUGGGACAAAGGGAGUACAACCCAAAAUCAAUGACAAAUUAAUUGAAGCAAAGAGAACCUGAUAUUUCCUUUGUUACCUGGACUUCGGGUGGUGUGUGUUUUAUAUAUAUUUGCAGGUUCAGUUUCAUCUCUUUUGCUCAAUCUCAAACGCACUGUGUCUUUAAUAUCAAACAUGAAUUGCUCCAUAUCUCUUGAUCUCUUCUAUAGAUCCAGAUCCAUAUCUUUGUCUCUUCUCGUCAUCUAUAAUUUGAAAAUAUGGGAUUUUCUUGUUUUGCAAUUUUGGGUUUUUCUUGUUCUGUUAUUGGAUAUAGAUGAACAGAAUACGUAUGUUUCUAGCUUCCUCAACAUCUGAUUCUGCAAUGGGCCGAAAAGCUGGUGGAGAGAGAGAGUUGACAUCGAUUUUUUGGUUUAUUUUGAAGAUGCAGGUUUUUCUUCUCAAUGGAAUUCCUUGGAAUGAAGAAGAUAAUCAUGAGAGAGAGAGAGACUUUACAUAUUAUUUCUUUUUUUUUUCAUUUUUUUAAAAUAAGAGAAAACAUCAUAAAUGGUCCUUGUGGUAGUGAAAUGACGAAAAUGAUCUUCAAUUAACGGACAAAACUUAACGGAGUUAACAAUAAGAACCAAUCGUCAAAAGUUUUGAAAACACAUAGACCAUCUAUGAUGUUUUUAAACCACGAAGACUAAACUUCAGAUCUGAGAAAAUUACAGGGACCAUGUAUGAUGUUUUUUCAAAUAAUUAUUAUACUGUUGUUUUAUUUGUAAUUCUUUGAUUUCAAUUAUUUCUUUUGAACAAACAAAAUUAUUAAACCUAGCAAGCCAUUAGAAAUAAAAUGAAAAUAUAUAAACAAAACGACGGAGAAACAAUUUGGUCAAAAAAUUAGUAAAAUACUAAAAGUCACAACUUUUCAAAGGGUAUAUCUGGGAAUGUAUUUGUUCUGUCAUUGCAAACCUAAUAGGAUUCUAAUAAUCUAACAGUCAUUCUCUUGGGGUAUAGGGGCGAUUCUUCUUCUAGAUCAAUCCUGUUAUAACAACUUGUACAUCAUGUAAUGUAACCUAUACAAUAUUGAUCCAAUGACUUCACUCUAAUUUGACACGCCAAACGUUGAAAUUUUGGUCAUUUCCUCACAACAAAACAAGAUUUUAAUAAUUAAACACUCACUUUCUUGGAUAACCCCUUCUCCAAAACAUAAUACAUCCCGCAAUAAAACUUGUACAUUUAUAUAAUAAAUUCGGUGGGGUCCAAAUACCGAUACAAUUAAUUUUUUUUUUUUUUUUUUUUAUCAAUUACAUAACUGUUAUCACUUAUUAAAACGAACUCAAUCCAUUGAAGGACUCUAACUAAUCAAUAAUUUGAAACAAUUUCUAUGAACUAUCUUAUAUACGUGAUAAUGUAAUUUAAACAAAAACCUAGGAAUUAUCACUAAAUCAUAAACUAAUCAAAUAAGUCAGUCACCCAUGAUGUACUUAUAUAAAUAAAAAAAGCCCAUCUCACAAUAAAUUAUGUGAUUUUUAAGAUAACUAAGUGGUCCCCCUAGUAACAAAGUAACAAACACACAAAUCUUGAUCUUGCUAAAUUCUUAUAAUAAAAAAAUAUAAAAUGUAUCAUCCAAUGUGGUCCUGGUAAUAACAAAUUCAUCUAGAUUUGAUCUCUAAUUGGUUUCAAGUUGAUACUAAAAUUACUGUUGACUAUUACAUUUCGUAUAAAAUAUAAGCAUUCAACUUCUUUAGACUUGAAGAUCUUUGAGAGAGAUGAAGAUGAAGAUGAAACGUACAUUGCCAUUUCUGGCUAUGGUGAUUGGUCAAAUUGCACAGGUGGGGUUGACUUUAGCUGGGAAGAAAGCUAUAGAAACCGGGAUGCAUAACUUUUCUUAUGUUUUCUACUCCAACUUUUUCGCAUCACUUAUUCUUCUUCCUACUUCUUUUCUCAUUCAUAGAUCACCGAAUCGCCCUCCUCUAACUUUAUCGGUUGCCGGUGGUUUUCUUGUUGUUGGCAUACUAGGGUUCAUGGUACAGGUGGUUGGGUAUGCUGGACUUACAUAUGCUUCUGCUACAGUUGCCACAGCGAUUCUUAACCUCAUACCAGGAUUUACUUUUAUACUUGCCAUCAUAUUUGGGGUAGAAAGACUAGACCAUGAAGGGGUAACCAAGUGGGCCAAAAUCAUUGGAACCCUAGUUUCAAUUUUAGGGGCUAUAAUUGUAACUUUUUACAUGGGCCCCGCAAUUAUAACCUCUCAUUUAACUUCAAUCGCUCCACAACAUCUCCUUGGUCAAUCAUCAGAGUUCAUCCUUGGUGGAGUGUUAAUGCUAAUCGACUGUGUCUUAGCUGCUUUAUUCAUUAUUGCACAGGCAGUCAUCCUCAAGAGAUACUCAGCAGUCCUGAUUUUGAUGUUGGCUUAUUGCUCGAUUAUAGCAUUCCUUUCGCUUUUAGCUUCAUUGAUUUUGGAACAUGAUUUGAGUGCAUUUAGUCUACAGUCUAAAAUUAGGUUUCUUGCCAUUUUGUAUGCGGGUUGCUUUGGGGCUGGUUUUCAACUCACAAUUGGAGCAUGGUGUGUGAAGAUGAAAGGGCCACUUUUUGUUGCUAUGUUUCAUCCAUUAGGGAUUGUGAUUGCAGCUAUUAUGGGUGUUAUAUUUCUAGGAGAUUCUCUCUAUCUUGGAAGUUUACUUGGAUCAGGAGUGAUUGUGAUUGGAUUUUAUGGUGUAAUGUGGGGAAAAGGUAAAGAAGAUAGAAUUGUUGAAGGGAAUAUGAUUGAAAGCUCAAAAUCUCCUCUUUUGCAAGAUGACAUUCAUGAUGAUAAUGUCAUGCUACCAUGAUGAUAAUUUAUGGAAAGAUUUAAGUUUUAUUCUAUUGUAAGACCUUUUGUUGUAUGAUAUGAUGUUUUAUUGUUAUUACUUAACAUUUAUAAGAUAUAGUUAACUUCUGUAUCUUCCUCAUGUCAUGAAAUUUAUAAAAAAAAGUUAGAAAACAAUUUGUAAAUACCAUGUAACAAGUUUUUCCUACAUUCUAUUUUAGUAAAUCCAUUAGUGGCAUUACACUAGGGAAAAAUAAGAGAAAUCUUGUGGACCAAAUCAAGACAAUCGAUUAUUUGUGAUGAUGAUCAUGGGCAUACUUGAAAAUUUUCCCAUAAAAGGAAAUGUCAUAAUUUUUCAUGUCAUGAUUUAUCUUUAAGUACUCAAAAACAUGAAAAGUCAUAUAUGCAUCAGGAGUUAUUUGGUACAAGAACCUAAUUGUCAUUGCUCUAUAAAACUUAGUAUUUUCAUUACUAUAUAACCUAUUUCACCAAAUGACAAAAUUUGUAAAAGCACUAACCUAUUUAAAGAAUGAAGGAGAGGAAAAAUACCGAUUAGGGUUUGUUCUAUAUUUCAAGAAUUAAUUAAAAAGAUACAUGAGGGGUCAUCUAUUUAUAACGUAUAAACUCCUAAUUCUAGAAUAAGGACUAAUCCUUAUCUCUCAAGUUAGAACCUUUUAAACAUAUAAAAC